AUGGGACAUACACUCUGUGAUAUCUGGGUUUGCUUUGAUGUCCUUUGUUGCACUGCCUCAAUAUUACACCUUGUCUGUGUAGCCCUUGACCGCUAUUGGGCAGUAACGAGUGCGGCUUAUAUCCGACAGCGUUCGGCCUGGCGUAUCGGUGCCAUGAUCGUCGUCGUUUGGGUAGCAGCCUGUGUGAUCUCGAUUCCCUCGAGGGUCAAUACUCAAUCCUCCUCAGUAUUAGCAGCAACAGGAGCGAGUGGUGCUGGGGGGGACUCUGUAUGUCAGAUUACUGGGGGCCUCGGUUACGCCAUAUUUUCUACAGUUGGUGCCUUUUAUAUGCCAAUGUUCUUCAUGAUUGCCAUCUACCUACGCAUAUAUCAGGUGGUGCGACAGAGGAUUCGCAAAACGGCUUUCACAAAAACAGCUGUCAUUAGUCUUUCACCAAAGGAACCCGGCGUCAAUUUGCUUGAUGAACCAGCAAAUCAAUCUAAGGAAUCUCGUUCGGAUUUCAGCUGCAAGGGAUGCAAGAGAAGUGCCAUUAUUCAGGGCUUCUGUUGCGUUUCUUCUUCUUUAGUCUCGUCAAAAUUACAUCAUUGCAAGGUGGGGCUGACCUCCGCACAACCUGCUGAAAUCCAAAACAGGCCAAACGCAAUUGGAAAAAAAGUGGCUACUAUCGAUAGUCAUGAUGGAGGCAGGAGUGUCUGCUGCAAGAGCAGUGUCAAAGAUCAUCUAAAUUCAACUCGACGACGAAAUCAACGUCUAUUGAACCUUCCUCUGUUCUUAACA